CAUGGCAGGUCUGCAGAAGGCAGAUUCUGGGUAUGAAGAAGGACCGGGAGACAUUGUAGAGAAGCUAAAGUCUCUACUUGAUGAACAUUUUCUAAAGUUGGAGGGAAAAUUUUCGAGCCAGCUUCAAACCACUAAUGAAAAACUUGAUGUUCUCACAAAGCGAGUUUCAAAUAUCGAACUUAAGUUGUUCGAUGAAGAACAAAAAAAGUUAAACAGAGACAAAGUUAAACAAACUGGCAAGACCUUAACGUAUGGACUUAGCAAGCCCCGUCUGAGGAGAUUUGCUGCGGUAUGCUGUAGCGAAGAUUCUUUACACAGUAGUAGUAGUAGUGAUGGAUCUUUCAAUAUACGAUUGGAGGAUCUUCCAAGUACAUGUGCCAAUGUAUACAAAGACGUUCUUGUUCAGGAGCAUGAACACAUUCUGAAAGACGUCGAUCUUAACAGCACAGAUGUCCUCGACAAAUUAAUAGCAGAUGACGCCAUUACGACAAGCGAUGCUGAGGAAAUAAAGAGGAGGGGAGGAAGAAAAGAUCAAGCCAGAAGCCUUCUGUUAGUGUUAGAGCAGCGUGGUCAUGGCCCAUUUCUCAGUUUUGUUGACUCUUUAGAAGAAGAUUACAACCAUCUUCAUCAAUCAUUAAAGAGAUCAUUAAGUAUUAUGUACAAAGAAAAGAAAAAUGGACGCCUAACAUGUACUGUUUGUAAAAUUAUAGAAAACGUUCACCCACGUGACAUCAUAGACAAAUUUUACAGCCAAAAGCUUAUACAACCAAAAACAAUGCGAGACAUAAACCAAUGUGGCGAUCCUAGGAGAGGUUGGGAACAGUUGAGGCCUUUCAUUAAAAAUGAAGAUGCCAUUAAGAUACUAGCAGAUUCACUCUUGCCAAAAUACAAAAGUUUGUCAGAGGAGCUUAUCAAAAUUAAAGACAUGACAAGACUUGUUUGCUUUUGUAAACGUCUAUCUGCGAAACGAAAGCGUGAAGAAUCAACCAAAGUAGACAUACUACCCCAAUCCCCAGUAGAACAUAGCGAUUCUUCUUUUUCCAUUGAACUGCAAGCGAAUAAAGACCCAUCUGACGUAGAUGCAACUGAACUCGAAAAACGACCUACUGCUUCGCGGGAAUUUGUGAGCAGAUUCAAUGAAUCAGGAUUUAGGGAGAAAUUCAAUAGACAAGCAAUAAAGAAAAGGGAACCCAAGGGGAAAUGUGAAGAAAAGGAAACACUGAAGAUCCCUAAAUGAACAAUAAGGAAAUCAAAGCCCGGAUGGACAGAUUACGAUGAAAAGUGACCAUUGUCAAACACACGUUCAUUGUGAUGUGUGAGACAGCUGUGUUGUUUUUAAAUAUAAAUUGGCAAGAGGAUACUUUGCUUUAAAAACCAAUACUUUAAACAUACAGGGAUGUUUAUAAAAAUUGUAAUACCAAAGAGUAACUUAAUUGCUCUCUUAAUACCCCCCCUUUUCAUGCAUUAACAAAGAACAGAAGGUUCUAGGUGAGUCAUCUUGGCCAUACUGUUCUUCAAAUGA